UUAACUGACAAGUGACGGUCACACGGCAACAAACAAUUUCAGGAUAAGCGAAAAUCUGUUGUUUUUUGCUAGAUUUUAUAAAAUAUAUUUUAAAAAUGGCCAAGCAUCAUCCUGACUUGAUCUUCUGCCGCAAACAACCCGGCGUUGCCAUCGGCCGGCUGUGUGAAAAGGAUGAUGGAAAAUGUGUGAUUUGUGACUCGUAUGUACGUCCUUGCACCUUGGUGCGCAUUUGUGAUGAGUGCAAUUAUGGAUCCUAUCAGGGACGCUGCGUUAUCUGCGGAGGUCCCGGCGUCUCCGAUGCCUAUUAUUGCAAAUCCUGCACCAUUCAAGAGAAGGAUCGUGAUGGUUGCCCAAAGAUUGUCAACCUGGGCAGUUCAAAGACUGAUUUGUUCUAUGAACGCAAAAAAUAUGGAUUCAAAAAAAACUAUUAAAUUACCAAACACUACCUCUUACAUUUAUAUCUCUAAUAAAUUUGUAUUGUAAUUUAAUGCAUAUAAAGUUUUAUAAGUGGAUGCAAUA